AUGUUCGCAGAAAGGUUUGGCAACAGUAGCCUGGCUUUCAUGCAACCGUGCAAAGUCUCCGAAGAUUCUGAAAAGCCAAUAUCCGAUGCUAUGAUUCUCGCCCCGACUGAACCCGACUUUAAGCUCUUUCUCGACAUACUAGACGAGUCCCAGGGUGAUAUACUUCGUCAAUUUAGCACCGCUGCAGAUAAAAUUGUUCGCCAUUUGAUUUAUGAGGAUAUGAAUCAUCCCGAGCCUUUCCACCUGGAGGUUGUGGACGCGAAAGAGAUAUUAGAGCAUCCCAAGGGUUCGCCAGGCCUUCUAGGGAUGCUAGGUUAA